UUACCACUUGCUGAGGCUGGGAAGAGUGCUGGCUUUGUUCCCUGACUGGGCGGGUGGGGUAAGAGCCAAUAAGGGGAGAAAGCCAUGCAGGACAAGUUAGGGGGAGAGGGGGCCAUGUGAGGCCCGUGUUGGCCUCUUCCUACCACAGCUUCAUGCACAUUCACUAAAGUGCUGCAAAUGUGUGUCCAGAAGGAUUAACAGGAAGCACAAAGAGGACUGUUGAAUGCUAUUUUGGGGAAAGCAUCAGGGGAAAAGUGGAAAGGAUUUGGAGACAGAAAAAAGGUAAGAACUUAAGUUUGCAGGAGUCAUAUACAAUAAAGGUGCAAACUUUUAAUGAGCAGUUUGAAGGAAACUAAGUGAGGUCAGUUUGAGGUGUCAAGUUGGGAUCUACGGCCACAGUGAAAUGGACGGGACGCAAAUAAUGAAAGAGGAUGACAAGAAGGAGAAGGCGGAAGAGGAGGUGGUGCACCUUCGGCGAGAGAUUGGCUUGCUGCCGGCUGCGUGCUUCAUCAUUGGUACAGUGGUGGGCAGUGGGAUCUUCAUCGCACCCAAGGGAGUCCUGAUAAACAGUGGCAGCGUGGGGCUCUCUCUGCUGGUGUGGGCGCUGUGUGGGGUGCUCUCCUUAUUUGGGGCCCUGUGCUAUGCUGAACUGGGCACCAGUUUUACAAAAUCAGGGGGCCACUACACUUACCUAUUGGAGACGCUGGGGCCACUGCCGGCCUUUUUACGACUCUGGGUUGAGUUCUUAUUCAUCAGGCCAGCUGUGGCCUCCUAUGUGUCCCUGGCUUUUGGCCGCUAUGUGGUGGAGCCGUUCUUUGCUCCCUGUGCUGCUCCCACAGUGCUAAUCAAACUUGUCAGCAUCCUGGGAUUGACGUUUGUUGUGGCAGUCAACUGCUGGAGUGUGACUUGGGCCUCUCGCACUCAGAUCACCUUGACAUUCGUUAAGAUGUUUGCUCUGGUCCUUAUCAUCGUCCCUGGUGUCAUCGCACUGGCCAAAGGACAAACUGAGAAUUUCCAGAAUGGUUUUGAGGUUGACUCAUUAACAUUGGAUAGGUUGCCACUGGCUUUUUAUAAUGGCCUAUAUGCCUAUGGUGGAUGGUUUUAUCUGAACUUCGUCACUGAAGAGGUCAUAAACCCAAAUAGAAACAUCCCACUGGCAAUAAUCUGCUCCAUGGUGACAGUGACAGUCUGUUAUGUUCUUGUUAAUGUGGCCUACUACACUAUGAUGACUCCCGCUGAGCUCCUGCUGUCUGAUGCUGUGGCUGUGACGUUUGCGAACCGUGCUUUCGAGGGUUUGGCUUCUGUGAUUCCCUUUCUUGUGGCCCUAUCCUGCCUUGGAGCACUUAACGGUGGCUUCUUUGGGUCACCCAGGAUGCUGUUUGUGGGAGCCAGGGAGGGCCACUGGCCUCCAAUCUUUUCCAUGAUUCACAUCCGCAGACACACACCUUUGCCUGCUGUGCUGUUACUGUACCCCUUGGUGGUGGUGAUGUUAAUCACUGGAGAGAUCUACCAGCUCAUCAAUUUUGCCUCCUUUGCUCGCUGGUUCUUCAUCGCCUUGGCAACUUUGGGGAUGCUCAUCCAUCGAUAUCGCUUCCCUCUCCACCCGAGACCUUUCAAGGUGCCCCUGGUCAUCGCAGUCACCUUCACGGUGGUUUGCUUCUUCAUCGUGGGUCUGUCUCUUUACUCGGACCCCUGGAACACAGGGCGAAGCUGUGCUCUCACACUGACCGGGGUCCCAGUUUAUUAUGUGACUGUCUACCGCUUUCGCUUGCCCCAUAGAUGGAGACGCAUCUUCAACUACUGCAGCAUGCAUCUGCAGAUCCUUUUAGAAGUGACUCAACAAGAAGUGCAGACAUACUGAAGACCCCAAAGACCGAUUUCUACUGAGACUUCCUUUAUACCACCUUAACAAAUCCUAGAGUAUUUUUUGUUUAUCGUUUAAACCUGUGUUUUAUAUUGGUCCAUUUUAAUACUUAAAUAAAUGUAAGAUGCUGUUUUGAGAAACUAUUACAACUAUGCUGGAAAUGGGUGGGGUAUCUGACUUCUCUUAGACUGCAUUUAAGGCACUUAGCUCACACUUUUGCCAUUGCCACUGGAAGAAGAAAUACUUUUGUCUAUCAUUGUCAUUCUUAAUGAACAUCUAAAGCUCUGCUCAAGAUAGUCUUUAUUUUUGUUUAUGUUUUACAAAGUUCUUUGAGACUAAUAAAGUCAUUCUUGAAUCACAAUCUAUAAAUGGUUUAAACUAUAGUUGCAUAAUAUCGUUUUUUAUCAUCAUCGCGAUAUCAACUUGCGCAAUAUACGCAUCGCAAAAGGCUGCAACAUAUUACAAUAGACACUCAAGAGAUUUUUUCUGUUAGUUGAAA